GGGUUUUUUUGUAACCGGUUUUCUUCUUUCGGUAUUUCAGACCAUCUACACUCAGGAAAACCAAAUACUCAUUUGAAACCCUCUUUGAUUUUUGUUCAACGUGCAAAUCACUUUACAAUCCGAUCUCUAAUGAUAGAGAGACACUUCAUUUGCGGCAAGGAUGCGGAUUCCUAUUUAUCAAGUGGACGCUUUCACUACUAAAGUGUUCGGAGGUAAUCCAGCUGCAGUGUGUCUUUUGACUUCAUGGCUGGAUCCAUCGGUGCUAUUGAGCAUUGCAAAAGAAAACAAUCUAUCCGAAACAGCUUUUGUGAUGCCUACAUCUACUUCUAAAAAUGUUUGGAAAAUUCGCUGGUUCACCCCGGACAUUGAAAUGGAUCUCUGUGGACACGCCACCCUAGCCGCGGCUCAUGUGGUCUUUGAGAUGCAUUCCGCGUUGGAAAGGAUCACUUUUAUCUCAGAAUUCAGUGGAAAGCUCGACAUUGAAAAGGUCGGACCAAGCCUUUAUCAGAUGGCCUUACCAUCCAGACCACCGGCUAAGAUUGACCUCAAAGAUCUUCCAGAAAGCAUAUUGAGAUCCAUCAAAGCCUUUCCAGUGGAAGCUUGGCGAUCCCGUGACGUGAUUCUCGUUUAUGAUAAUGAGGAGAUAAUUCGCUCACUAAAUCCAGAUUCGGCCAUCCUGAAUGAGAUCAAUCUUGAUCCAGGAGGCGUGGUUGUUACUGCCAAAGCUACUUUGAGCCAAAAUGUGGACUUCGUUUCUCGUUAUUUUACUCCACAAUCCACUAUUUUCGAGGACCCAGUCACUGGUUCUGCACAUUGUAGUUUGGUCCCUUUAUGGGCUAAGAAAUUGGCCAAGCAGGAUCUGAAGGCUCUUCAAGUAUCUAGUCGUGCAGGGGAAUUGACGUGCUCGAAUACAGAUGAGUGGAUCUUUGUCCAAGGUCAUGCCGUGACAUUUCUUCAAGGACACAUUCAAGUGGCUUGACACAUUAAGUUACAUUAUGGGCCAAUAUUUUUGGCAGAACAUUUGGAACGCGAUUGGAACGUAAUGCUGGCCAGCAAAGUAACAGAUUGUUGGUUGGAACCUUGAACGAAGAUUUUAGUUUUUCAUUGGAUUAAAUAGAUGUUGUGGUAUAAGCUUUUGUAGAUGGAAUAAAGUGAUUAAUGGGAAAUGACCAA